GUGCAGUAGUCUGCAAAGAAAAGUGACCACGGCCGGAGCCCGUGCAGCCCUCUGAGCGGCGGGACUGCGACCCACACGGACUCGGUUUGCCUCAACCGGCGAGAGCCCGCGGCGUGGGGCGGAUUCAUGUCAAGCGGGGAAUCGCUGCGCUCGGACGCUUAAAUUGCGGAUCUAUGAAGACGCGCGCAGGUUUUUUCUCACUCCCAGCACCAGACCGAGGGAACAGGGAGUGAUUCGCCCCCCACGCCCCCCCCGCAGCCACCAGUCUGCAGACCCCAUGCCGGGCAUCAGCGCCACCGCGCCUCGUUAUGAAAACUGGGACAUGGACCACCUCGACCACUACCAACACUAUUUCUACGACGACCACGACCCGGACGAGGAUUUCUUCAAGUCCACGGCGCCCAGCGAGGACAUAUGGAAGAAAUUCGAGCUGGUGCCGACCCCGCCCAUGUCCCCCGUCCGGGCGGCAGAAGGCUCGGGCAGGGUCGGGCUGCUGUGCCCGACCCUGGGCGACAAGCUGGAGUGGGUCUCCCAGUUCCUGGGGCAGGAGGACGAGCAGCAGCAGCAGCAGCAGCAGCAGCAGCAGCAGCAGCAGCAGCAGCAGCAGCAGCAGCAGCAGCAGCAGCAGCAGCAGCAGCAGCAGCAGCAGCAGCAGGAGCUGCCCUUCAAGCUGACCACGGCCAACGAUUCCUUCGGCAACCUGAGCUCCAUCAUCAUCCAGGACUGCAUGUGGAGCGGCUUCUCGGCCGGCCAGCAGCUGGAGAGAGUCGUCGGGGAGCGCUGCGCCCCCUGUCCCGGGACGGCGGCCGCCGGCGCCAAAGUCGCCGCCGGGUGCGCCGUCGCGUCCCCGGGGCGGGCGCAGUGUGGCCCCGCCGACGCACCGGCCCUCGGCGGCCCGGCGGCGGACUGCGUGGACCCCGGCGCGGUGCUCACUUUCCCGUUGACCGGCGGCUGCAAGAAGCAGGUGUCCUCCGGUUCCGAGUCUCACACCGACUCGUCAGAUGAUGAAGAUGACAAGGAUGAGGAUGAAGAGGAGAUUGACGUGGUGACAGUGGAGCACAAGCAGCAGCGGAAACCCCGCCGACUGGUCAACACCCGCAAACCUGUGACCAUCACGGUGCGGGCUGACCCCCUCGACCCCAGCAUGAAGCGUUUCCACAUCUCCAUCCACCAACAGCAGCACAACUACGCUGCCCCUUCCCCAGACACUCUCCCUCAGCCGGCCGAGCCGCCUCGGAAGAGGGUGCGGCAGGAGGCCUCCAUCCCGGCGACCCAGCCCCAACAGAACUCUCAUUGCCACCAGCCCCGACCCGGCCACGCCCCUCUGAACUUAGACAGCACAAAGUCUCACGUGACCGCGGCCGGGGUCAGGUCCGAGUCGCCUGACCUCAGCGCCUCCUCUCCUACCUCCCCCGCAUCGCCUUCAUCUCCCCCCUCCUCCUCCUCCUCCUCCUCUUCUUCCUCCCACCCCCAGAGCUCCCCCUCGAAGCCCCACUCCUUCUCCCACCUCUCCAGCCCCCAGUCCUCGGACUGCGAGGACACAGACAAACGCAAGGCGCACAACUUCCUAGAGCGCAAGCGACGGAAUGACCUGCGCUCACGUUUCCUGUCGCUGCGGGACGAGAUCCCGGGCUUGGCGGACUGCCCCAAGACUCCGAAGGUGGCGAUCCUCACGCGAGCCACGGAGUACCUGCAGCAGCUGCACACCAGCGAAAGGCAGAGGGCUCAGGAGAGGAAGCAGCUGAAAGCCAAGCAACUGCAGCUGCUGCAGAGGCUGGCACAGCUCAGGCGGUCCUGAGCGCCAGGCCGUCGGCUGUCACCACACACACGUACACUCACAGAACUCAGCGGGACUACAUGAAGGAGAAAAGACACUAAUGUUCACUUUGAGUUUGUCACUUUGGAAUAGUGCGGGUGGAAUUGUUUUUUUUCUUUUUCUUUUUUUCUAGUUUUCUACGUUUGUGGUUUGCACAUUAGCUUCUGAGUGAUUGACAAGGCCACAAGCCGGUCCGGACAGUAAGCUAGGGACUGAUCUUCUGAGGAAUCUUCUGGGCAGAUUAACUCGACCAUGGUUACUCAAUAUAGAUUUCUCUAACUGUUAUGUUUCCCUGAAUGAAAAUGUUCAACUGUUGCUUGCUACUGGGAGACCUGCUUCUCGCUGAUAAACUGCUACAACUGUGCUGUUUAACUGCUGCAUGGUCUGGUCGGACGUCUGCUGGUGAUAGGUGUGCUUGCACGGCAGCGAUGAGCCCCCUAGUUUUUCUUUCCCCCUUCAAACUUCAGCUUUGCUAUGUGUUAUUUUCCAUCUUUCUUUACUUUUCUUUCGUCUUACCUUUUCCCCGUUGUUUCUUGUUCGUUCCUCCUCUCCUUUUCCCAUCAGUGGUUAGUUUCUGUCUUUAUGCCUGCUGAUAUAGUGGAGAUGCAGGGGGCUGUAGUCGGACUGUACUGAGCCACGCAGCAGUAACAUUACAACUGGAUGCAUACGAUUUGCUCAGCACCUCCUGAAAUAGCUCAGGUUACGUCCCAACUUUCUGUGCCUGCAGGUUUCCGCCGAUUCCUCCUGUUGAUUUCUUGUUGCACCAGAGGUGUAUUGCCAGCAGCACUUUGCCCACAGUAACAGCCUAUUUAGUAGCGUUAUUUGGAGAAAAUUAUUAAAAAUGCGCUGCCGUUGUUCGAGAUCUUCAGAAAAACUGUAUGAAAAUGUUCACCAAGAUUUCCCUCUCUGUAUUAUUCUGUGAUGGAGACCAGCCAAAGGGUGAAUGUCGGCUUCAAUUAACCAACCAAAAUAAAUUCUUAGAUCAGCUCAAAUUUAAUCUGUAUAUGUCAUCAAAGAUGCCAACUUCUGCUUGGAGAUGAAGCCCACUGAUUUCCAAUGGUAUAUUUCUUUUUCUUCUCCCUUUUUUUUGAGGAGGGGUGGUUAAUUUGAUGUGAUGCCUUUCGAAGCAUUUCAAUGAACGCAGACUAUACUGUUGGAUGUUGUGUAUAUAGUCCCCUCACUGUACAGUCCCUUUCCAAACAAAAAACCAGAGCUGUCUACUAUACUCAAACGAGUUUUUUUUGUUCGGCCUUGUGUGUGAAAACUGUGGCCAGGCUUGCUGGCUUUUCAAAGAUGACUCAAAGCUUCUAUUUUUGUUAAUAAAAUGAUUAUGAAAAAGAAAAAAAAGUCAAAAUAAAACACUCACUGAACAUUGAUCACACUAGCCACUUUGUCACAACAUUUUUCUUUCUUUUUUUAAUGGCUACUCGUUUUCGUUACUUGUUUUACGUGUUUUUCUGGGUUUCUUUAUUUGUACAAGAGUUUUAUACAAUAUUUUCCUACCGAGUUGUGUUUCAGUGUGAGCUAGUUGUAAUGAAGCUGGCAGGGGUUCUGCUGGUGGAUUUUGUGCUGCAAAUUGGCGUGUAAGGUCUGCUUUCUCUGUCUGGAGUGGAAGGCACCUGAAAGCUCCUGUACUGACUGUAGCUGUAGUAACUCUUUUAAAUCUGGCGUGGUGGCGGGGGGGCUUAAGAGGAUCUAUCGAUUAAAGUUCUGUCUGUGUGUAGCCUUCAGUGACCUUAAUGUUACCGCUUUCUCUGCUUUUUUUUCUUUUUGGAAAGCUUGGUGCUCCCUAUUGUCCCAUAAGCCAUGCAACAGAGAACACCAUAGCCCUGGAUCUAGUACUGUAAAUGACGGGGAUCACUGCGAGUAGCAUCCUACUCCCCCUGCUUUUAUCGGCACUCAGGAAACCCUGUAAACUGUAGCUCUUGUGAAAGGCCCACAGACUGUGCUCCAGGAAAAAAACAAAAACCUAAUAUGCUGUGUGUGUAUAUAUAUAACACAACCUCAGAAACUACCCUCAGAGAGGAUUUGAUCCUAGGAUUCACUCGGUUCAACAAAUACUUCAGGAUAUCAAUCAAAUAAUAAUAUUAUUAAUAUAAUUAAGAUUAUAUAAUCUUUUCUCUCUUAAAAAAAUGCUACUUAAUUCAGCACAAACCACCAGUAGCCAGUCAUUUAUUGCCCCCCCCCCCCCCAAUAGGGUGCACCCCCAGCAGAGGUUUGCCCUACAUAUUUUUCCAUCUGUUUGGUAGCAGUGGACAUUGCUUGCUUACUUUGGGAGUUAAAUGAUGGUGACUUUGGAGCCUUGUCUCAGCACUUUUUUUUCUGUACCUCAUAAGCCUCUAUGUAUGAAGAGUAAGUCAGAAAAUUAAUAAAAAUGUAAUGGUUUGACAUCAUAAA